GCUCACGCUUGACACACCGCCUACGUCACCGUUGGGUUACCCAAUCGCAACAGAAACACCCCGUCUACUUUCUGUUUUCUACUCUCAAAGUUUUUACUUUUGCGGUAAAAGACAGCGGAAAGUGAUGAUAAUGUUUUAUUAUCUCAAUGAUCGUCUUGUGCAUCGGAAAGAAAUGGUGGCGUUUUAUCAAUAGAUUUCAAACAUUCAAUAAUAUCAUCUCUAAAGCAGUCUGUCCAAGUUAGCGAGGACGACGUGGGAAAUUCAUCCUAUUUGAACGACUUUAUUCUCAAGAUUUGCAAGGUUGAAGAAGCGGAGUUAUCCCUGUAAUAAUGGGUAUUGGAUCUCGGCUAAAUUAAUCUGGGAUUUCAUCUAGCAUGGUUUCGUUUUAAAACACGACAUUUUCAUUUUAGAGACAAUUUUUCAGGCGCUCAGUUUGCAAAUGUUGAAGUUGGGCUAAUAUUGGCCUACCUCCAAGGAGACUUUUAUUAUUUUGUCUGUUUGAUGAGAAAAACUUUCCAUUAUCACUUGAGAACGUGAGCAUUGCGGGUAUUUUUGUUGUUGACAUAACCGUCGCAUUUACCUAUUCUCGGUUAUGUUAGCCGUGGGGCAGAUGGACGGGUCCAGACAGAGCGCUUUCCUCUUAAGCACCCCACCUUUAGCAGCUCUGCAUAGCAUGGCGGAGAUGAAGACCCCACUCUACCCAGCCUACCCGUUAUCUUCCACCGGGCCGGCCUCUUCUACCUCACCUACUGCCACCUCUCCAAACCCCGGUGGCAUCCCGGUGUCCUCACCGGGGAUCAAACCAUCCUCCGGAAUGUCAUCUCUCGGAUCCCCCCAUCAAUGCAGCGCGCUAGGAACACCUCAUGGAAUAAACGACAUCCUCAGUCGUCCCUCGAUCCUUUCCCCAGGAGCUGCUGCUGCCGUUGCUGCGUCCUCUUCUGCCGGAAUCUUGUCCGGAAUGCCCCGCUUCAGUAGCUUGAGCCCCCCGCCACCCCAUGGGCUCUACUUCAGCCCCAGCGCUGCAGCAGUGGCAGUGGCUCGCUACCCCAAGCCGUUGACAGACCUUCCAGGCAGGACCCCGAUAUUCUGGCCAGGAGUCAUGCAAAGCCCACACUGGAGAGACGCCAGGUUCGCAUGUUCACCCCAUGCUUUAUGUUUUACAUUUUCAGAUCAGAAUUCUGUACUGCUCGACAAAGAUGGAAAAAGAAAACAUACACGUCCCACCUUCUCUGGACAACAAAUAUUUGCCCUGGAAAAGACUUUUGAACAAACGAAAUACCUCGCUGGGCCAGAGAGAGCACGACUGGCCUAUUCGUUGGGAAUGACAGAGAGUCAAGUGAAGGUGUGGUUUCAAAACCGAAGAACUAAAUGGAGAAAACGGCACGCGGCUGAGAUGGCUUCGGCAAAGAAGAAGCAGGAUUCUGAGACCGAGAGGCUGAAAGGGGCUUCGGAGAACGAAGAUGAUGAUGAUGAUUAUAACAAGCCGUUGGACCCUAACUCAGACGACGAGAAAAUAACACAACUACUGAAAAAACACAAACCAAACUCCUCACUCCUUAUUCAUACGUCAGAAAACGACAGUUCGUAGACAGACACGGGGGGGAAAUACUUUUGACGCAACAUUUCAAAGUGGAACUGGUGCAGGUUGUCCCUUUUCUCGUCCAAGUUUUGAAAUUAAUAAAUUUGCACGAGGACGGAGGACGCAUGCCAGAUCAAAGGACUAGACGCAAUUUUGUAGUCUGGAUCAUUGGCCAAAACAUGGACUCUUCAAUUUAUAGAAGUUUCAGCAUUAAGAAGAUGGUACUUACAUGUAAAUAGAAACGUGAGUUGUAUUAAAUAGAAAUUAUAUUACUGUGAAUAUUUAUGUGUAAAAAAAAAAACUUUUUUUUGUAUCAAGUACUGCUGAGUCUCUUCCUCUCAGUUCUGACGUCUGACAUUGUUCUAGCUUUGUCAAUUGUUAAAAGCGUAGCCUAUAUUCUCAUCUUCAUUUUCGUUUAGUAUUUGAAAUUUACAUUACAUUUCAUAGUGAAGUAAUAAGAUACACCUGUUUAUAGGACCCAAUUUUCAACCUUUAUGGACUCCGAAACAAUAUCAGAACAAGCUUACCUAAACCUAUUCGCUUUGUAUACUGAGUAUAAGAGAAAAAAUAAAUUAAAUUGGCCACAUAUUUUACGUGUGAAAAAUACUGGUUGUGACACAAUUGAAGUACAUUUGUAAUAUACAUGAAUACUGUUUGUCUCCCUAUUGGUAAAAUGUUUUUUCCCCCACAUGUUACUUAAUUUAUAUAAUGUUUUAAGUUUGUAACAGUGAUUGAAUCCUGCAUAAAUGUGUAGGCCUAACGUUACCGCAGGUUCAUAUGUAAUGCACUUUUAUUUAAUAAAAGAUAAAAUGCA